AUGGCCACUGUCAGAGAGGCGCUUCUUCAGGCAUUUGAUGAGGAAAUGGACAGAGAUGAUAGUGUAUUUAUAAUCGGGGAGGAAGUAGGACUCAGUGGUGGUGCCAAGGGAACAACCAAAGGACUGAUCCACAAAUUUGGAUACCACAGGGUAGUUGAUACGCCAAUAUCAGAGAUUGGAUUUACAGGAAUAGGUGUGGGUGCAUCAUACCUUGGACUAAGACCCAUAGUUGACUUUAUGACCUGGAAUUUCUCGCUACAGGCAAUCGACCAUGUGAUCAAUAGUGCUGCUAAGAUAUGUUAUAUGUCAGCAUCCAAAGUCCAUUGUCCAAUAGUCUUCAGAGGACCUUCUGGGUUUAAUCCUGGAUAUGCUGCCGAGCAUGUUCAAGAAUUCUUCAAUAUAUAUGGAUCAGUGCCAGGAUUGAAGGUAGUUGCACCAUAUACGGCACGAGAGCACAAAGCCCUAAUGAAAGCGGCCAUACGAGACAACAACCCUGUUGUAUUUUUGGAAAAUGAGGUUUUGUAUGAACAAUCAUUUGAUGAGGAAUUGGACGUGGAAUUAUUUCCUCUUGACAAGGCAAGAAUUAUAAAGGAAGGAAAAGACGUGUCAAUAAUUGGUGUAUCGCUAUCACUAAUGACUAUUGAAAAUGCCUUGAAGGAAUAUAAUCGAUGCGACGCUGAAGUAAUUAACUUGAUAAGCUUAAAUGAUAUCGACUAUGAUACGAUAUUAAAAUCUGUUGAAAAGACUAGAAAUCUCAUAAUUGUAGAUCAUAGCUGGCCUAAUUACUCAGUAGCACAUGAAAUAAGCGCAGUGGUUUAUGACAGGAUGUAUGGAAGAUUAAAGACUAAAAUAAUAUGUCUUACGGGCAAAAACACACAUGUAGGAUAUUCAAAGAAGCUAGAAAAAGCCUUUUAUCCAAGUGAGAAAGACAUUAUUGAAGCUAUUAAAAAGUGUGUAUCAAAUUAA